GAAACUCACAUUUCUCAGUCUCGCAGUAUAUAGUUCAUUUCAUUGUGGUGCUGAAACCACAUCACAUACAUUCUAUCUAAACAAAUCAACUUGUCAAUGGCAUCUUCAUCAUCUUUUCGCUCGACUCCAGCCUUCUCUUCUCAAUCAUGGAAUCAUGAUGUUUUCCUUAGUGUUAGAAGAGAAGAUACCCACAAGACUUUUGUUGAACAUCUCUACUCGGCUCUUGUCCUACAAGGAAUCGAGACUUACAAGGAUAACGAAACAGUUGAUCAGGGUGGAUCGAUCCGUCCAUCCCUUAUGAAGGCUAUCGAGGAAUCACAAAUAGCUGUUAUCGUAUUCUCUGAAAACUAUGUUGAUUCACCUGGGUGCUUGGAUGAACUUACACAUAUUAUGAAAUGCAAGGACAUGAGAGGGCAAAUCAUGAUGCCCAUAUUUUAUGAUGUGGAAGUGCGAAAGCAAAAACGGAAAUACGGAGAAGCAUUUGCUGAACAUGAGUUGGAGAACAAAGUUGAAUCCUGGAGAAAAGCACUUGUGGAUGCAAGUAACCUUUCUGGAUGGGAACCCAUGAACAUUGCCAACGGGCAUGAAUCAAUGGCUAUCAAAGAAAUUGUCGACAAGAUUUCAUCCAGGUUGCAACUAGUAACUUCAAAUGCAAAUGAGAACCUGAUUGGAACAGGGGCUCGGGUCCAUGGUCUUGAAUCAAACCUACAACUUUGGUCAGGUGCGCAUGAUAGGAAUAUGGGGGGUUGGGGGUGGUGGUAAGGCUACUCUUGCAUCUUCUAUAUAUGGUUGUUGCUUUAUUGCAAAUAUUCGAGAGG